CCUCCGCCCAUCAUCAUCGUCCCGGACCCCCCUUCCAACAACGAGGAGCGCCCAGCCCACCUCUUGGAGGACCCCCUUUGCGCGGACGUCAUCCUGGUGCUGCAAGAGAAGAUCAAAAUCUACGCACACAAGAUCUACCUCUCCACCUCCUCCUCCAAAUUUUACGACCUGUUCCUCAUGGACCUGAGCGAGGAGGACCAGCAGAGCACUGCGGGGCACGGCUUCGGGGGGGCCGUCACCGCGGCCGCCGAGAGGAUGCUGCCCCCAGGACAGAGGGACCUCUCCUCUUGGAGCCGGGCUUUCACCAGCAUCCAGGAGGAGAUGGCGGAAGACCCGCUGACCUACAAGUCCAAGCUCAUGGUGGUGGUGAAGAUGGAUGCUUCCAUCCAGCCAGGUCCUUUCCGGGCCGUUCUGAAGUACCUGUACACGGGGGAGCUGGAUGAGAACGAGCGGGACCUCAUGCACAUCGCUCACAUCGCUGAGCUGCUGGAGGUCUUUGACCUCCGGAUGAUGGUGGCCAACAUCCUCAACAACGAGGCGUUCAUGAACCAGGAGAUCACCAAAGCCUUCCACGUCCGGAGGACCAACCGGGUGAAGGAAUGCCUGGCCAAGGGGACUUUCUCGGAUGUCACCUUCGUGCUGUUUGCUGUUACCAGCCCCCCCAAGCCCCUGCUCAUCUCCAGCUGCGACUGGAUGGCCGCGAUGUUCGGCGGUCCCUUCGUGGAGAGCUCCACCAACGAGGUGGCGCUUCCUUACACCAGCAAGAGCUGCAUGCGGGCGGUGCUGGAGUACCUCUACACCGGGCAGUUCAGCUCCAGCCCCGACCUCGACGACAUGAAGCUCAUCAUCCUC